AUGUAUCACCCUGAAACAAAUAAAACUGUGCUUCCAGUAAAGCAGGAAAUGUCUAGGUUACACAAUGAAGCUAAGGUCUCUGCAAAGGAUAAGAAGUAUAUUCAACAAGUGGAGAAAGUGCUAGCGACAUUUGAUACUCUUGACGAAUGGGCUGACUAUAUUGCAUUUUUGGCGAAAUUGCAAAAAGUUUUGCUUGGUCAUGUCGAGCAACUAGCUGCCAAUACUGAAUUUUAUGUCCCCAGGGGUCAUGAAGUAGCCCACUGUCUAGCAUUGUGCUUAUCUCCUAACCUUCCCAAUGGUGUUCACCAAAAGGCAUUGAGUAUAUACGAGCUUACUUUUCAAAAUCUUAGUUCAAAAAGAUUGAAUAUGGAGAUCAACAUCUGGCUCCCUGGCUUUCUUCCGUUACUUUCUUAUUCGUCUAUUCUGUUAAAACCAUUGCAAUUGGACGUUUUCAGAAAUGUAAUAUUUCCAAAACUUGACAAAAAUAAUGAGCGGGCGAUGACAAAGCCGAUCCUUCUUUCCUUCUUGGCUGCGCUUGAGGAUGAGACUUCGGAAGUAUUCGAGGAAGUAAUCAAAACUUUGGAGCUUUUCAAGAAACAAAUUGCUGACGAUUCUCAAUUCUGGCAUUGUCUCUUUUUAUGUAUCAUUACCAAUCCUGAGAGAAGAGUUGGUGCUUUGAAAUGGUGUGAACGGUUUUUGCCUGAUUUCACCAAUACAAAGGGGGAAGACGGUAUGCCUUUAGUAAGCGAAGAGGCUCUAAUGUGCCUUAAACCUGAACCUGGCCUUUUAGCCAGAGCACUUUCUGUUGGCAUUGAAAUCACGCUGUCAAGCGAAAUAAUUGUUAGUCGAGGCUUUUUCGAUGUCUUGUUAUCGCGAUUGCCUCUAGACAGUUAUAUUUUUGAAAGUAAAGUUCCAUCAAAUGAUAAAAAAUCAUUAAUCAUGGCAUGUUGCAAAUUGGUUUUGCGCAAGGAUAUGAGUUUAAACAGAAGAGUCUGGACUUAUUUUCUUGGACCCGAGCAUGAUGGAGACAAGAAGGGGAAAAAUCGACAAACUUAUUUCAAAAAGAAUGUACUACAAACUUUAGAAACAGGGCUAUUGGAAUUAAUUAACUCUGAUGCUACUUCUUUGCCUAGCUUAUCUACUUUGUCUACUACAUCCUCCUCCGCCUUUUCUUCGUCUACAAGAAUUGAAGGGUAUGCUAUAGCUGCUCAUUUGAUAAUGGAUAGAUGGGAAAUCAGUACCGAGCUCACACCAAAGAUAUUUUCUCCGUUAUUGAGGGUGGCUUUUCAGAGCAAGGAGCUAGUUGGCGUUAGGGAAAGUGCUACAACGUUUUUUGAUGAAACACAAUCAGCUUAUAUGUGGCGAGAGAUUGUUAAGGAACUUGCCGUUAAUGGACGCGAGCCUGAUUACAAUUUUAUAGAGUUUGCAAUGAGCAAUUUAAAUACUCAAGAGGAUGAAGACUUGAAAGUUCAUAUUCCCUUGGUAAUUUCUUGUUUGCUUCAAAGACAGUUUUUAAACAAUCAGAUGCGUGAAAUUUUGGAAAACCUUAUAAGUCAAGUUCCCGAAGAUGUUUUAAAGGAAAAUGAUGGUGAAUUUUCCAUUUCUGAUGAAGAUUUCAAAAAUGCAGUUUUAGAAUGGUACGAAUCGUAUGAUGAUAUAGAACAAGGAAACGAAAAUUCAAAGCCGUGCCCAUUCUCCCUCAAGCAAGUCUUGGCAUAUGUGAAGAUAAGACUAAAGAAGUUGCUUUUGGGCGAGACUGGAUACGCAAUUGCAAAUGAAAGAGCUUCGGAAUUACUAGCAACAAAACUUGGAAUUAUGUGUCAGGAACCAGAAAAAAAAGUGAUUUUAAUGACUAUUUUGGACAAAAUAAGCGGAUUGAAACCUGCACCACAGAAUGUCUCUACAGUAAUUGAGAUGUUUAAUUUUAUCAAUAGAAUUCUUGGGAGUCAAUUAUCAAAAUAUGCAGAUGCAAUCAAGAGAGAACAAUUUACUCGGCAAAUUCUUAUUCAUUUGUGGCAAUCGCUUAUUUCAACGAGUCCUGCAAUGUUCCAAGUCGAGUCGAUCAAAUGUUUGCUUGAUUUGCAACUCAUGAUAUCUUCUUUCGGAAAGAUUGAGGCAGGCUUAACGCAACUCUUUUUGGGAGCUUCGCCCAGUGAAAAGCUUGUUGUUUUUGAAACAAUCUGGUUACACACCUCAAGUGGUGGCGAGCUCGAUCAAGCAUUGCAACGUCAACUAGAGAUUCUUUUUGAUGUAAUGAAUAAAGAAAACCUUGCCUAUAGUAACAGCAAUAAAAUAGCAUUUGAGUUGAUGGUGGAGAGAAUAUUGCGAAACAAAUCUAAUAGAUUCUUCAAUCUUUUGAUCAGUCCAACACUUUUCUUUGAUUUUAUGGAUAAUUCGAGGAAUCAAAUUGCGAAAGGUGACGAUUUAUCUUUGUUUGCAUAUUAUUUGAGGAACAUUAAAGCUUGUAUCGACCAGAAUCCAAAGAUCAUUCGUGAAUACCUUGGCAAAGAUAAUAUCAGCUCGAACGAAAGGCUUGUCAAUCUGUGUUCAAUAAUCAAGACCAAUGGAUGGGAAAACUUGAGUUACAAAGGUUUACUUGUUGCGGAAUACAACAAUUUCAUAAACCUCGAUGUUAAAGUAUGUUCAACCUUGAAUAGACAAGAGUAUUUCAAAUGCGUAGUUUUGUUUUUUCAAGUUUAUCAAUUGCUCAUCACGGGGACCGAGAGGGAUUUUAAAGAUUUAUUUGACAAUUUGUUAAGGAUUUCAUUACACUAUCUCGACCUAUCUGCCGAGUUUAGGAUUACUGAAACAGUACCAGUGCUUGCCAGAUGUAUUUUGCAUUUUAUAAACUGUUCUGUAGAACACAAUAUUGAUUUGAACUUAUUGCAUGUUGAAGAACAAAAUAGGGAUCCAGCAAUAAUCUCAUUUCUUGUUCUAGCACUCAAAAGGUCAUCAAACCUUGUUACUAUAGAAUCGUUGCUAUCCUUGCUUCAGAAACUAAUUCAUAUCUUUGGCGAGUCCAUGUUUGGAGUAUUACUUAUUUUAAAUGAUGCAUUGGUUAGUAAAAUAAAUGGAAUUUUCCAGAGAUUAGUUGAAUUUGAAGUUUUUAAUGAUGACGAGGAAUUUAAUCCAACAAUGAGACUUUUGUUGGUGGGCUUGGAACAACUUCUUACAAUAAGCCAUGGUUACUUGAUGCACUCUAAAGUGCGAGCUCAGUCGCAGCAGCAAGCCGAAAAGAACCAAGAAAGUGGCGGAUUUCUCAAUAAUGUUAUACAGGGUGUUUUUCAAAUCGAAUCACCUUCAACGAGAAGCAGUGAGGAGUACAAGUUGUAUUCUACGCUUAUUGCUUUUCAUGAUGCAAUCAAAACUCUUUACAGGAUCUGGAGCUGGUCGGACGCGAAACAUGAUAUACCGCUCAAGGGUGUGGUUACAUAUUCACACCGAUCAUUGACUUAUGUAUCUUAUGAUAUCAAAUUUAGGGCAAAAGGAGUAUUGGAUACAAUUUUUGACCUUGAGAAACAAGAGGUUGUUACUGCAUUAGUUGCUUCACAUGGCGAUAUGCUAGGUACUUUGAAACUUUUGAACGUGUUGGACCGAGCACGAUCCCAAAUAACAUUGCCCUGCUUGAUAAAUUGUGUUAUUUCCACGUGUAACCCACAACAACUUCCGCCAAAUUGCAAAACGUAUAUAGAUUCCGAGAUGUCACCAAAACAGCUGACAGCAUUUUUGGUUGCAUUCUAUGAAUUGAUGGAUGCAGAUACUUCAUUAGAAGUAUGGUCACAGACUGCUGACUUUUUUGACAAGGUAUUGGUUGAGUUUCCAAAGUAUGAGCUUGUCAUACCUGAUGUAUUAAGAAUUUGCAAAAUUUUGGCAUUGAAGGCAAGCUCUUUACGAAGUGCUGAUUCAAAAAAUAAGAGAGCGCUUUCAGAGUAUUUUUCGAAGAUUCUUCUUCAAUAUAUCAGUACAUCGCUGCUGGCGCUGGUGUUGACACUGACAUUAAAAAAGAACAAAUAUUCUAUUGAAAGUGAAGAAAGUGAGCAAGGAAAUGAGCAAAUUGCUGUUUUACUUGAAUUGAUACCGCAUUUUCUGAUUAUUGUGCCGGAAACAGACAAAUGCGAACUGCUCAUUGUGAAUAUACAGAACCAUUCAUUGUUUACCAAAGGCUCGCUGGUGAAGAAAGUCACCACUCUAGUUCAAGGAUCUACUGAGUUGCUAAAACUGAUUGGUACUCAUUAUAAUAGUAAGCAUUGGAGACUGUUGAUGCAUGACUUGUUUCAAGACUCUGAUUUUUUUAUGCUGCCAAUAGUGAAGACCUUGGAUUGGUUAGAAAUAAUGACUAUUUGGCUACAAACUGAUAAGUCUAGGUUCAAAGAAAAACUUUCCAAAAUGUCAUCUGCGUCUUCAAAUGCUACUGGAAACCUAUUCUCGUGGGGUGAGGCAGCUGAAGUUGAGAAUAAAGUGAACAUUCUCAAGAGACUCACUUAUAUGUUGUUGGUGCAACCAGAAGAUUUCUACAUUGAUAGUGUUGAUUCGAUUUUUGAGACUAUAAGAACCGUUUUGAGUGUUUCCAAUUGCCCAUAUCCAAUCAGAAUAGAGAUUACAACAAUCUUGAGGGCGGUAGUGUUGAAGUUUAGUGAAGCCCAUCUUCUUUCCCAUUGGCCUACUAUUAUUCAUGAGUUGGUGUCCAUUUGUUACAUGGCGGAUAAACCCGUUAAGGAGCUCAAUACAAUACCUGCUGAAAAGGUACAGUUGAUUUUAUACGGUAUGAAACUACUAGAUGAACUAUUAUUAGUUGGUCGGGAUGAAUUCAACGUAAACUCGUGGUUAUUUGUAAACUCCAGUGGCUAUGAAUCGAAUAAAGACAAGGACUCGGCACUGAUUAUUGACCAUAUCGCUCACAAUGUGGAUUUCACAACUUUUAAAAUAGAUGCAAUUAGACUACCCAAUAGUACCAACCUGGAUGAAAGAUUGCGCCCGCUAUUGGAGAAUGUGAAGCACUUGGAUCUGAUUGCACAAUUGAGAUUGUUUUUCGACUCGCUCAGUAUGAUUCACUACGAAAGAAUCUACAGUUUGAAAAAAGUUGACUACGACGCUUGUGUCCAGGACAUAUUCAACGACUUGAUGGUCUAUGGUAAUUGA